AUGAAACUUUCCAUGCUUCUGCUAGGUCUGGGGGCUGUCAUCGGCUCAGCUGUACCCACCCAACACUAUGAGCUGCACGAGCGCCGUGAUUUUAUCCCCAACACUUGGAUAGAAGCCAGGAAGCUCGAGAGCAAGGUCUCCCUGCCUGUUCGCAUUGGUUUGACGCAGUCAAACCUUGAUUAUGGUCAUGAGCUACUCAUGGAUCUAUCAGACCCACGUUCAAGCCGCUAUGGAAAGCAUCUUUCCAGUGAUGAAGUGCACAACCUAUUUGCCCCGAGCCAGAAAAGUGUGGAUGAUGUGCGUUCCUGGUUGGAAAAGGCUGGUAUCGCCAAAGAUCGCCUGACCCAGUCCGUCAAUAAACAGUGGAUUCAGUUUGACGCGGACACGGAGGAGUUAGAGAAGCUGCUGCAAACAGAAUAUUAUGUUUAUUCGCAUUCUGAGACGGGUCGCUCACACGUGGCGUGUCGCGAAUAUCAUGUCCCAAGCUCUUUGCGUGAGCAUAUCGACUACAUAACCCCAGGAAUUGCUCCACGAGAGGUGACUGGUGUUCGAAAACCAAUCAAUCUGCACCAAAAACGAUCUUUAAAAGGCCAACCCCCUGUUCUUGAGCCAAUUCUUAUGCCAGUGGAGGAGCUCCUGGCCAAUAUCGCCGGCUUCUGUUCUGUCGCUGUUACUCCACAAUGCAUACAGCAGAUGUACAACAUCAGUCAGGGCACUUCUGCUACAAAAGGCAAUGAACUAGGAAUCUUCGAGGGAAUUGGGGAUGUAUACACCCAAUCAGAUCUUGAUUUGUUCUUCUCAACCUUGUAUUCGGAAAUUCCCACUGGCACACAUCCUAUUCUCAAAGCAGUCGAUGGCGGCCAGGCUCCGACCUCUCUUUACAAUGCUGGAGCUGAGUCGGAUUUGGAUUUCCAGAUCUCGUAUCCGAUUAUCUGGCCGCAGAAUUCGAUUCUAUUUCAAACCGACGAUAUGGUGUAUGAGAAUUAUUACACCUUCAGGGGAUUUUUGAAUACGUUCUUGGAUGCGAUUGAUGGAUCAUACUGCAGUGAAAUCUCUCCGUUGGAUCCUACAUACCCAGAUCCUCAAGAGAACGGUUACAAGGGGUCUCUGCAGUGUGGUGUGUAUAACCCGCCCAAGGUUGUGUCGAUUUCAUACGGCUCUGCAGAAGCCGAUCUCCCCAUCUCGUAUCAGCGUCGACAGUGUGCCGAGUUCAUGAAGCUGGGUACCAUGGGUGUCUCGGUCGUUGUCGCCUCGGGCGACUCUGGUGUAGCUGGACGUGGAGGUGAUCCUACUCCCAGUAACUGUCUUGGUCCUCAGGGCAAGAUCUUUGCUCCCGAUUUCCCAGCUUCUUGCCCUUACUUGACCGCUGUGGGAGCAACCAUCCUUCCCUUGGGGGCAUCUCCCGAAGAUCAUACCGAGGAGGCUGUCACUAGUUUCCCGUCUGGCGGUGGAUUCAGCAAUAUCUACAAGGCGCCUGAUUACCAGGCGCAGGCUGUGGCCGACUACUUUGCCAAGGCAAAGCCCUCUUACGCCUACUAUGAGAGCGUCGACAACAGUAGUUUUGGUGCUAAUGGUGGGAUUUACAAUAGGAUCGGACGGGGCUAUCCCGAUGUCGCUGCCAUUGGUGACAAGGUCGUCAUCUACAACCGAGGCUUGCCCAUCUCGAUUGGUGGCACCUCUGCUUCCGCCCCAGUCUUUGCUGGAAUUCUCACUCGCAUCAAUGAGGAGAGAUUGGCCGCUGGUAAGCCUACCGUUGGCUUUGUCAAUCCGGUCUUGUACGCCCACCCGGAAGCAUUCUUCGACGUGACCAAAGGCUCGAAUGCGGGUUGCAAUACCGAUGGCUUUUCUGCGGCCGUAGGAUGGGAUCCGGUGACUGGACUGGGCACGCCCAACUAUCCGGUUCUUCUUGAUGUCUUUAUGAAGCAAUAG